AUGGUUCGUGUAAAUAUUAAAUUGGAUUCCGUUAAAAUAAAUAAUGUGGAAAUGUACAUUCUCAGUGAACUCUCAGGAUGUGAUAUAUUAAUAGGACGCAAUGUGACUGAAGGGCCCGACCUAAUGUAUUCAAGAAUAGGUGAAAACCUUACGUUCGAAUAUGCGAAAAACGUCGAAAGCACUUGCAAUAUCACGGAUGAGUUAAGGCUUGAUUUUGACACAGACUCUCAUUACGAUGAAAUAGUAAGAUUAUUUUCAAAGUACCGUCAAUGCAUAGCCUCAAAUAUAAAUCAAUUAGGUACGGUUCUUGGGCAUGAAAUGGAGAUAAAUUUACUCCAUAGUAAGCCCGUGCAAUUUAGGCCGUAUAGAGCAUCGUAUUCGGACAGAGAAAUUAUAAGAUCUUUAGUUAACGAACUUUUAGAAAACUGUAUAAUUCGCGAAAGCAAUUCUGCAUAUGCAAGUCCGGCCCUGCUAGUAAAUAAAAAGAACGGCGAGAAAAGAUUAUGCAUCGACUAUCGCGCACUGAAUAAAAUCACAAUCAAAGAUAAAUAUCCGAUGCCCCGCAUCGAAGAUUUAAUCGAUCGACUUCAGGGGUGUAGGUUUUUUACCAGUUUGGACUUGAAAAGUGGGUAUUAUCAAAUAAAAAUGAAAGAAGAUUCGGUUCAUAAGACUGCUUUCAUUACUGAAGAUGGGCACUACGAAUUUCUGAGGCUCCCCUUCGGUUUAGCUGGAGCUCCAUCAUGUUUUCAGCAGAUGAUGAACCGAGUCUUGGGAAAUCUUAGAUUUGAAAAAAUUAUUUUAUAUCUAGACGACAUUUUAAUCGUAAGUCAAACAGAGGUAGAGAACUUGGAACUUCUCGAAAAGGUGUUACAAAUUUUCAAAGAAAACGGCCUAACGCUUAACUUAAAAAAAUGUCAUUUCUUAAAGACAGAUAUAGAAUUUUUGGGUUACCGAAUAAAUUCGGAGGGCAUAAAACCUAGUGAAGGUAAGGUAAAUGCAGUGAAAGAUUUUCCCAUCCCUAAAUCGGUUCACCAGGUGCGACAAUUUCUAGGCCUCAUUAGUUAUUUUCGAAAAUUUAUAAAACAUUGUGCAAUCUUGUCCAGUCCUCUCACCAAACUGUUAAAGAAGAAUGUCCCCUGGGUCUGGAAAACUGAACAUGAUCGUGCUUUUAUGACCUUAAAAGAUGCACUAAUUUCGGAUAACAUACUUACGUUAUUUGACCCUACCAAAGAGUGCGUUUUAUAUACUGACGCGAGCAGGGACGGAAUUGCAGGUAUCUUAAUGCAGGUUUCAGACUCUGUAGAGAAGCCCAUUCAUUACUAUAGUCGUCAAACCACAGACGAUGAAAAAAAGUACCAUUCGUUCGAACUCGAAUUAUUAGCGGUCGUUCAAUCACUAAAUAAAUUUAGGCAUUACUUAUUAGGAAGUCAUUUUCGCAUUAUUACGGAUUGCAGUGCAGUUCGUUUUGCUUUAAGUAAAAAGGAGAUAAUACCACGUAUUGCUAGGUGGGUCUUGGCGACUCAAGAAUUUUCUUACGAUAUUAUCCAUAGGGAGGGUUAUCGCAUGCAACACGUAGAUGCAUUAAGUAGGAACCCUUUACAAUCUGGAAGUAAGUCUGAAGCUGAGAUAAUUAUGUCUAUCACGGAAGCAGAUUGGCUACUCUCCGUUCAGCUUCAGGAUUCGCGGAUAGCUGAUAUCAAAAAGUCCUUAGAAUCUGGUGAAGCGCAUAAAUAUAAAGAUAUAUUUAACAAAUAUGAACUAUUAGGUAACAAAGUGUAUCGCCGGACAAGCCAAGGUCGACGUUGGGUAGUACCAAAAACAUGCAUAUGGCAGGUAUUAAAAUACAAUCAUGAUGACCUCGGUCAUUUUUCUGUCGACAAAACAUUCGAGAGAAUUUCUCAUCGAUACUGGUUCUCCCGGAUGAGACACAUAAUAAAAAAAUAUAUAAAUAAUUGUAUAAAGUGCAUUUAUUAUAAAAACAAAGGCGGGCCAAAGGAAGGAGAACUAUAUCCAUUACCAAAAUACGCCCAGCCAUUCCAUACGUUACAUUUAGAUUACUUAGGUCCUUUUGUAGAAACUCAGGACAAUAAUAAAUACUUAUUAGUUACAGUAGACGCGUUCACUAAAUUCGUAUUUAUAUCAGCUGUGACUAACACCGGCAGUAACAAUGUGAUCCAAGAACUCGAAAACAUAUCGAAAAUAUUCGGUAACCCGCGAAGAUUGAUAACGGAUGCUGGUUCAGCAUUUACCUCAAAAAUAUUUAAAAAUUAUUGUUUUAACAAAAAUAUUAGGUUACACACUGUGGCUACGGGUAUGCCUAGGUCUAAUGGGCAAGUCGAGAGAUUUAACAGGACCAUUUUAGAAGCCAUGAAAACAAUGGGAGCAGAUUUAAAUGAAGAUUGUUGGGAUAAAUGUAUCAUACCCUUACAACAAGCCAUUAAUAGCACGUUUCAUAAAACUACGAAAGCUGUCCCUAGCGAAGUAUUUUUCGGUUAUAGGUUGCGAACCGAUAGUGAUAAUUUAAUGCCUGAGCUUGAAAAUGUUGACGGUUUUACUACGGAUGUAACAAAGUUGCGUAAAUAUGUAGACAAAAACAUACGGACGAAUGCUAACUCCCAAAAGAAAAACUUUGAUAUCAAACGUACAAAAGCUAAGCAGUAUAAUGAAGGAGAUCUGGUACUGCUAAAAAUUCAAAGUAUGACAAAUGAUGGACGAAGCAGAAAGCUAUUACCUACCUUUAAAGGCCCUUUUCAAAUAAAAAAAUGCCUUGGUCAAGACAGAUAUGAAGUCCAAGACAUGCGAGGUAGCGAAAGAUCUAGUAGAACCUAUAAAGGAGUGGCCGCUGCGGAAAAUUUAAAACCAUGGAUUAAAAUUCAUGAUUGGCAUGCUGAAUAA